GGUCUAAUUAUAUCCAUGGAAAAUAUCUUUUAGAAGAAAAUUCUGGAAACCCUUCUCCAACCCCACCAUAAGUCCUAUCGAAUCGAAGUAGCAGCCACCCAAAACAAUGGCGUCAAUGGAAAUGGCCACUGCCUUCGCUGGAUUGGCCAGAGUCCAAUCUUUUCCGGCUUCCUCUAUGCGGACAAGCCUUUUCUUCUGCAGAAACACACCCAAAGUUGCUGCUCAAGCUCGCAGGUUUUUUACCAGUGUUCAUUCGAGUUCGGCCAGUUCGAGAGUGGUGUGUCCACCGAGACAGACAAGGAAGUGUUUUUCACGGAGGUUUACCGUCGCUGGCGCGGCGACAUCGGAGCCGAGAACUGAGGAUUCCGAUGUUUUGACUAAAAUUCCUCCUGAUAAUCGAAUCCCAGCCACGAUUAUUACUGGUUUCUUGGGUUCUGGAAAGACAACCUUACUAAACCACAUAUUGACAGCUGAUCAUGGGAAACGAAUUGCAGUUAUUGAAAAUGAGUACGGUGAAGUUGACAUUGACGGGUCUUUAGUUGCUGCAAAGGCUGCUGGAGCUGAGGACAUUGUUAUGCUCAACAAUGGGUGCCUCUGUUGCACUGUGAGGGGUGAUCUUGUGAGGAUGAUUGCUGAGCUUGUUAGCCGGAAGAAAGGGAAAUUCGACCAUAUUGUCAUCGAGACAACAGGGCUAGCAAAUCCUGCCCCGAUCAUCCAGACAUUUUAUGCCGAGGAUCAGAUCUUCAAUGAGGUUAAGCUUGACGGAGUGGUGACGCUUGUUGAUUCCAAGCAUGUUGGGUUGCACCUUGAUGAAGUUAAGCCUGAAGGUGUAGUCAACGAGGCUGUAGAACAGAUUGCUUAUGCUGAUCGUAUAAUAGUGAACAAGACUGAUCUUGUAAAGGAACCAGAUGUUGCUUCUGUGAUUGAACGGAUAAGGGGCAUCAAUCGGAUGGCACAGCUCAAGCGAACGCAGUAUGGGAAAGUUGAUUUAGAUUAUGUUCUUGGUAUUGGAGGCUUUGACUUGGAAAGAAUUGAUAGUGCUGUUGAAACUAAGCAUUCCGAGGAUGAUCACCAUCAUCACAGCCAUGACCAUCACCACGAUCACGACCAUGACCAUCACCAUGAUCACGAACACAACCAUGAGCACCACGAUCACCAUUCCCAUGAUCACACUCAUGACCCCGGUGUUUCCUCAGUCAGCAUAGUGUGUGAAGGCACUUUGGACCUCGAAAAGGCGAACAUGUGGCUAGGAAAUCUCUUGAUAGAAAGAAGCGAGGACAUAUACCGAAUGAAAGGGCUGCUAUCUGUAGACGGGAUGAACGAGAGGUUUGUGUUUCAGGGAGUACACGACAUAUUCCAAGGGUCCCCCGACAGGGCGUGGGGGGCGGAUGAAGCCCGGGUGAACAAGAUCGUGUUCAUUGGUAAGAACCUUGAUGGGAAAGAAAUAGAAAAGGGGUUUAAAGCUUGCCUGUUGUAGUUGUAGUCGUAGUUGUAUUUGAUGCUGCAGUUUUGAUGAUAUGAUUUUGUGACCUAAUUCUCAACACUUAACUUUAUGGGGAUAUUUGGAGCAUUGCAAAUAAUUCUUCUUUCA